AUGGACCGCAAGGCCUUUGAUAUUCAGCCCAUUGGUCGCUUCUACGAAGCUAGCGCUGCCAUUCGACGUCCGAAGGAGAUUGCAUGUUUCUCUUACGAUGAUGAGCAUAAGUUCCAUCUCGGAGACUCAUCGAUGAAAUACUACUAUCCGCCAUGCCUCCCCGCGGACCUGAACCGCGGUUUCGAGUCAUUUCAAAAGCUAGAUGAUUCAGCUGAUGAGCAUCUAGACGCUCUGCUCGAAACAGUCAUGGCUCUGGAACAAGAAACCCAGAAGAAAUGUGAAGCUGAUAUCAUCACAUGGAGAGGCAUGAUGACCAAGAUCCUUGCAGCUCCUUUUGAUAACUUGAAUGGAUUUGAAAUGAACGCAACCUGCUUCCAGGGCACAAUAUUUAUCGAAGAGAACAACAGCUACAAAAAUGAGCAGAAACGAGUUCAGAAGAACCAACGAAUGCCUCCGGGAAUGGCGUCUCAGGAUCUGAUGGCCUACUGGGGCUAUAAAUUCGAGACUCUGUCAGUGCUCGAUCAGCCAUGGGACCCGACUCCUCGCAGAGAGAUUGAAAACCGAGAGGAGCUCAUUGUAAACAACAAUGCCCAGUAUUGUUCAGUGGUGCGCACUGCCAUCGGCCGCGCACGCCUAGUUAUUGGUGGGGAGGUAGAUGCAAUCUGGGAUUGCAAACCUGAGCGAAAAGAAGAUCCUAUCCAUUGGGUAGAACUGAAAACUUCCGCCGAAAUAAGGAAUGACCGGGACAUGGUCAAAUACGAAAGAAAGCUUCUGAAAUUCUGGGCCCAGUCAUUCUUGCUCGGUGUACCCAAAAUCAUUGUCGGCUUUCGGGACCAACAAGGUAUCGUCCAUCGCCUUGAGGAGCUCGAGACUGCUGCCAUACCCGGAAAAGUCAAGAAGCUUGGCCGGGGGACUUGGGACGGAAAUAUUUGCAUUAACUUUGCUGCCACCUUCCUUGAAUGGCUUAAAACUACUAUCCAAGAGGAAGGCACAUGGAGAAUACGCAAACGUGAGAAAUCGUCACUAAUCGAAGUCUUUAAGGUGGAAGAGAGUGGAACUGGCGAUAUCAUCUCACCAGCAUUUUCAGCCUGGAGAUCCAAAUCUUGAGCCAUGCAAACGCUGAAUCAUUGACGAUUUUCUCAUUUCCAAUGGUCCUGCGUCUGUGGACUACUCCAGUGAAAGGGAAUGUCGGUUCUCACCCAGUCGCGCAAAAGUGAUAGGGCUGC